AUGGGCGUCGUUGAUACUUCCUCCGAAGACCUGGACGAUGAAACUCACCACGCUGUGGCAGAUGGGAACGAUGGUGAAGCACCGUGGCUACGCGCCCUCCGUCAACAGGAAAGCAACAAUGCGCUUGCGCGUACGCCUGUUGACUCGAUGCGCCGCGAUCUAUUUUCCGCCUACCCCCCGGUAGCUGGCAGGCCUUCGAUGGAGAGCAUCGAUGAAUAUGUUUAUACUUUUACCAAAGAAGAGCUUUGCCUUCACAUCACUCCAGGCAUGGAACAUCCCACCCUGUCAGUGAUGGUGCCUAUGGCUAUGCAAGAUCCAGCUUUGUUCAAGUGCCUCGUCACCGCAGCACAGAGCCUGUUCGAAUGGCGCCGAAGCCCGAAUCCUAACCAACCCCAAAGAUCCAGAGCGCUAAUCCUCGCCCAAAACGACGCCCUAAAGGCACUCCGAAAGCGUCUGGCAAAGCCGGGUGCACAAUACGACGAUGGGCUUAUCGUAUCCGUCGUGCAUCUCAUGACCGCGGAUUCCUCAGCCAGAGACGUACAAGCGCUGAAGAUGCACCUCAAGGGUGUAAAACAGAUAAUCGCCCUCCGAGGUGGCCUGACCGAUUCGACGGUGCAUCUAGCUCUCAGAGGCCAGAUGGCCACGACCGAAUUUUACAUGGCAUUGGGUCAAUACUUACAUAUCACCCCCGAAGAUCUGAGUGCGGUGCCCAUGCAACCCAUUAACUACGUCGGCCAUCCAUUUCCCCCGGACGUUUGCGACUACGUCGCCAAAAUGCCUCCUGGGAUCGCCGAGGCUGCUCUCACCGGCCAGCUGAGCGUCCGGUGCAUGAAGAUCCUGUCUGAGCUCGCUCAAUGGGCGCCACUGGUCGAUCGCACCGAUGUUGUCCUUCCCGGGGAAGAGGCAACCGCCAAAUACAGCCGGUUAUACUGCAAGCCACGCGAGUUUGCUCGUGAUGCCAUGACAUUAUGCCUCGAUCUCAAGCGGGCCAAGAUCCCGCCAGGUCUGGAACAUGUCACAAUGCUUGGUCUUGCGGCCAUUAUUCGACAUCUCAGUGGAAACCAGCGAACCGAUUUCUUCGACCAUCUCUUGUUGACUGCACUCUUCGCCAACGUGAAGGCAAUUGACACCCCUAGCGUCGCCGAGUCAGAGGUGAUUAUCUGGGUUGUGCUGGUGAUUAAAUGGAGGACACAAUCUGGUGGAAUGUUGCAGAAGUCUGAUGAGCUACUCGAGUACGCUCUCAAGUCGUUCCCUGCCACGGGGACGUGGAAGGGCAUGACGAAGAUAUGUCGCAAGUUUUGGUGGUUCGGACGAUUCGAAGCUGAAUGGAAGAUUACCUGGCAACGCGGAGUUGAUAAGAUGGUUCAGCAAUGGAAUGAAGAACGGAAACUUCAGUCCGCUAAGAGAGGACGAAUCGACCACCAACAGCAACAUAAACCAUGA